AUGCAGCAAAGUGAGCAGGCCAACGUCAAGGUUCCCUCCUUCUCACAAGAAACAGAAAGAAGGAAAACGACAGAAAGAACGAAGAGCGACCAAAACUUUCAACUGUCGGCGAGGAGACGAGAGGCGACAGCUGAGAUCACCAGGCAGCUCACACCAGCGGGCAAAUACGAACUUCAGAAGGUGCUUGGAGCUGGUGGUUAUGGGCAAAUUUUCAGAGCAUUCGACUCCGUCGGUUUCGAAUUGAAAACUCAAAACAAAAAGUUAUAUGUGGCGGUGAAGGUUAUGCAGAAACGACACGAACCUCAACGGAUGAUUCUCGAGCAGCAAAUAUUGUACUCGUUGAAAGGAAAACCGGAGUUUCCGAAAUUGGUACUGUUAAAAUCAUCAGUUAGACUUGGAAGCGGAACGUUUGAAGAUUAUAUGUUCAUAGUAAUGGAAUUGUUAGGCAAAAGUCUAUCGGAAUUGCGGAAAAAAAGCGAAGGCAAAAGAUUUGACUCCAUUACUGCGCUGCGUGUCGGCCUUAUGAUGACAGAUUCCUUAAAAGUUCUCCACGAUAUGGGAUACAUACACAGAGAUAUAAAACCAGGAAAUAUGUGCAUCGGCGCAACUCCAGAAUCUGUCAGAAAAGUCUAUCUUCUGGAUUUUGGUCUCGCUAGAAAAUUCAGGAGGAAUGGCAAGGUGAUGCGGCGGAGGAAAGUUGGUUUCCGGGGCACACUUCGAUAUGUUUCGCUGAAUGUGCACGAGCGGAGGGACCAGUGCGCUUGCGACGAUCUGAUAUCGAAUUUUUAUACCAUGGUCGAGCUGGCUGAAGGUAAUCUGCCAUGGACUCGGCUGAGGGAAGCGGAAGAUAUUGCAAGACGGAAAAAGAAUAUUUCAUUCGAGGAAUUAUGCCCGCUCAGCGGUAUGCCCACGGAAUUACAGGAGUACUAUACGUACUGCUACGACAACGUGGAGGAUCCGAACCAGCCUAAUUAUGAAUACCUUAAGGACAUUAUCAAGAAGUGCCUUCCGGUCGCUUUUGACUUCGACUCACCAAUGCCUUGGGAGAGCUUGGCUUCAUCCGAACUCCUCUUGUUAACAGAAGCUACUUGCGUCGAAGAUUACCUUGAGUAA